UCUCUAUUAAAAAAAAUAUACAGAUCAUAAUUUCUUUUUUGAGCAAUACCGGCUAUACGCACAGUAUUAUUUCUAAUACGACGGAGCCAAUUAAGCGGCGUGUGAACAAACAAGAGCGCCGAUGUGACGCUGGUUUAAUAAGAGUCUUUACCGCGGGACAGUCGGGGUCAAUAAGAGGCUGCGAUGUAGCAAAUGUUCUCCUUCACGUUGGGGGGAUUAGAGAUUAUUUCCAGAGCAGUGGUGUCGCGUUGUCCGCGGGUUCGCCUUUUAGACCCGUCGGAGUCGAGCGAAGCGAAUUACACGACAAUGGAGAGCUGCUCCUAAACGGCACGGCGCGGUUCACCUACCAGACAGGGGGAGCGCAAGGCGAGAGAUGGAAAUGUCUUGCGAUGCCGGGUGACUGGUAUCAAUGAACGCGUUGUUACACAGAAAAAAAAAGAGAAAAAGAUAACUAGUUAAUCAAAUAAAGAGCGAUUUAAGAAAUAAAUAAAUAAUACAAUCCGGUGUGAAGCGUGCGGAGCUGUGGGAUAGGGAUCCCGGAGGCGGACGCUCCUAACAGGUCCAGAGCGCACUUUUCUCCCCCUCUUUUCGGCUCAGAAGUGAUCGCAGGUCAAUCAUGUGGGCCGCGCUUCAACAUUCAGACAAGACGAGCUUCACGCAGCGCACGAGUUUCUUUCAUAUAUAAAGGUAAGAAGUGAAGCGCUUUAAGAUUCGGGAUGCUUUUAUGCGUUUUUGUGGUGCGAAGUGCAGGCUCAGUGUGUGUGCGUGUCGCGGCUGUGCCGUUAUGUUUCAGUCCUCCUGUUUAUAUGAUUAAAUAAGGCGCAGGAAUGAAAUAUAUCUAACAGCGAGGAGGCUUUAGUGCGCGUUGGUCAAAGAGGAGACUCGAAUCGAAAGCGACCGGACUUUUCUUUUUCUUUUUCUUUUCUUCUCUUCUUGAUCAUGCUCGUGAACUUGAACAUGAUAAACGUGAUCUCUUUGGUUUUAUUUUUCUAGUCCGUGCUUCAUGACUGUCUGACGCGCAAUGGUGAUGAAAGGCAGGCUGUGCGUAAAAGUAACGCGCCCUCCACUUUACUACUGCUGACCGGCUGGAUGUGACCAAGCUGAGGACAAGAAGGAAACAAACAAACAAACAAACAAAAAACUUUUUUUUUUCCCCCCCUUUUUUCCUGCCGAGUCUCUGCUCUAAACUUUCUCGCUCCGCGUUUCCGUGUGGAGUUUGGGCGAAGCUUCAUACAGAUCUCGGGGGAGCUCAGGCUUGAAGUUGUCGUGUGUUCAAACUUUGUGCGCUGGAUUUGCCGGUGAGACCUGCCAUUUUGUGCUCGGAUCGAGCCGCUCAGGAACAUUAUGCUCGGAGGGACGUGAUGAUGAUGAUGGCAUUCAACAACCGAGGGAUUCAACACUUGGGAAACCUCCUCUGACGACCUUCUACAUCUCUUGCUAUCUCACAGAGUAAAGACAUCCCGCUGGUCAUCGCAAAGUGCUGUACACACUUGGUGGCGUGGGUGGAGCCACGGUGUCUUCAUCCUGACAGGCCCCAGACCAGUAUGCAGUUAGAGUGAUCAGGAUGGAAGACUCUAGUUUGUGCCUUGGUGUGUCCUCAGCGGUCCCUGAUGCUGACACCCAUAUCACCAGUGCCAUGCUCAAUGGCCGCUACCCAAUCAGUCAGAAGCUGCAUCAGCUGACUGCUCAACUUGGCCACGCCUUCCCUGACCUCCCAAGCCGCCAACAAAUCCCAGAGGAAAAAGCAGCCACCCCAUUGGAUGAGAAAACACAUGUUGCACUGGCCAGUCAGCCGAUUAGCAGCCAGAUGGCUCUGCUAGCCAAUCAACUCAACCGUAACAUGGAUGCAAGUGCCCUAGGUGGUCUCAAUGGCCGUGUCGACCUGCAGCAAUUCCUCAACGGGCAGAAUUUGGGAAUCAUGUCUCAGAUGAAUGAUAUAGAAGAUGAUGCCCGCAAGAAUCGCAAGUAUCCAUGCCCACUAUGUGGAAAACGAUUCCGCUUCAACAGCAUCCUUUCCCUGCACAUGCGCACCCACACUGGUGAGAAGCCCUUCAAGUGUCCCUACUGUGAUCACCGAGCAGCCCAGAAGGGUAACCUCAAGAUUCACCUCCGUACCCACAAGUUGGGUAGUCUGGGGAAGGGUCGUGGUCGUGUACGCGAAGAAAACCGACUUCUUCAUGAGCUUGAAGAGCGUGCCAUCCUACGUGAUAAGCAGAUGAGAAACAGCUUGCUGCAGCCUUCACAAUCGCUUCCACCCCACCUGGGUCUGCAGAACCAAAACCAGCAACAGCCAAGCUCUGCGUGUAGCCUCCUGACACCUACAAGUCUGGGAGGCACAUCAGAAGGGCUUGCACAACCCUCUGCCUCACCUAAGCCAGCAGGCACUAACCAACAAGAUGAACAGGCACUUAACCCAGCCAUAGGCUUCCGUUGUACCUUUUGCAAAGGCAAGUUCAAAAAGCGUGAGGAGCUGGAGCGUCAUAUUCGCAUCCUUCAUAAACCCUACAAGUGCACUCUCUGUGAGUUUGCUGCUUCCCAGGAAGAAGACCUCAUCAGCCAUGUGGAAAAGGCACACAUCACUGCCGAGUCAUGCCAAGGGCAGGGUACAGGAGCUGGCAGUGGAGAGAAGCCUGCCAAUGAGUUUCGAUGUGAUGUCUGUGGCCAGAUCUUCAGCCAGGCUUGGUUCCUGAAGGGUCACAUGCGCAAGCACAAGGACUCCUUUGAGCACUGUUGUCAGAUCUGUGGGCGUCGGUUCAAGGAGCCCUGGUUCCUAAAAAAUCAUAUGAAGGUGCAUCUCAACAAGCUUGCCAUUAAGAGUAAGCCUCCAAUUGGAGGUGGAGCUGAGCAAGAUGGGCCCUCUGUCAACAGUAUAAGCAGCUUAGCACAAGAAGCCCAUGCCAACCUGUACUCACGUUACAUCUCCUGUCUGCAAGGUGGUUUCCUCAGUCCUGAAAAGCAGAGCUUGGCUGAACAACAACACCAAAUGUUGGCCAAGGCUGGCAUAGCUAUGAAAGAGAAAGAAAUGCUGGGAAAGUUGCUGGGACCAAUGGCCGGCAUGAGUCAUGGUCUGGGGGAGAAUGAGAAGCGCUCACUGUUAGGUUGCUUGAAUCUGGUGCCUCCUCUAAAGUCAAGUUGUAUGGAGCGCUUACAGGCAGCAGCAAAGGUGGCAGAAAUGGAUCCACUUAAUAGUUACCAGGCCUGGCAGAUCAUGGCACGCAGCAUGGCCAUGGAGCGUUCUUUCAUGCCAAAAGAUCAGCACCAUGGAGCCCAUGUGCAAGAGGAAGAAAUGGCUAGUGCCGCUGGGAUAGUGCCCUUUGGGAAAGACAAGCAUGAGCACUCUAAUCUUGAUUCCAGUGAUGGCCCCAAGCAGAAGAACCACCCUGAUGCCCUCCAUGGGGUAAGGACCGGUGGAAGCAUAAUGUCCAUGAAGGAAGAAGCUGGGAGCUUUGAUGGUCACCGUGAGUUCCUGCCUCAGCACGGUGGUCUGGGCCUUGGUCAAGGGCUCGAGUACAGCCUGGCCAGCAUGAAAGAGAAGCCCACUGAGUGCCCUGACUGUGGUAGAAUAUUCAGAACCUACCACCAGAUGGUAGUCCACUCUCGGGUGCAUAACAAAGACCGGCGCCCAGAAGAGGGUCUGCAACAUGGCCUAGAUGAGAGACGUGGCUCCGCCAGUGACCCUGAGUCUCAGUCCAUCAGCCGUUCCACCACCCCAGGCUCAUCCAAUGUGACAGAAGAGAGCGGGGCAGGAGGCGGCCACUCCCAGACAGGAAGUGUGCAGGAUGACAGCCCUCAUCCUUCUUCCCCUUCCUCAGAUGUUGGGGAUGAGAUGUCGAAGGCACCAGGAGCAGUUCCUCCUCCUGCUACCCAGCACCGAGAGAGGAGUGUGGGAUCCGCCAUGAAAGACUGCCCCUACUGUGGCAAAUCCUUCCGUACCUCCCAUCACCUGAAAGUCCACCUGAGAAUACAUACGGGUGAGAAGCCCUACCGAUGCCCUCAUUGUGACUAUGCUGGCACUCAGUCUGCUUCCCUGAAGUAUCACCUUGAGCGUCACCACCGUGAGCGUCAGAAUGGCAAUGCCUCCUCUGCCAACCACCCUCCAUCCUCCGAUCACAAAGAUGACCACAGCAAGACCAACAGUGGCAGUGGCAUAUUUGCACGACCUGAUGUUCUCCGUGGGGUCUUCAAAGGGAUGAUGCCCUCCAGCCUUGAUUUUAGAGGAGGCCAGAUGCUUACACAGUGGGCCACUCCUGCUAUGCUCUCUCCCAGAGAGAGAGAUCGUGAGAGAGAGCGAGACCGCCAUGGACUAGGAGCAGAGCCCAACUCUGAGAGCAUGAAGGCCCCUGAAGGUCCAGCCACUGGAGGCGAAAGCCCAGCCAGUUUUUCAGACCUGGGACGGGCUUACCAGAGUAUGAUGGGGAAUGGAGUCAACUUUCAGGGCUCUCUCCAGGCCUUCAUGGAUAGUUUUGUGCCGAAUUCCAUGAAGAAGGAGAAGGAAAUACGAGAGAAUCAGCUACAUGGUCAGCACUUUGGCCUGGAGGGAACAGAGCACAAGAUCAAGAGGGCCAAUGAUGCCAACCAGGAAGAGAACCCUUCUGAAACCAAGCCAACUGAGGGCAUCCGCUCCCAGUAUGAGCCUCUGGAUCUGUCAGUCAGGCCUGAUGCAGGAACCCUACCUGGGGCGUCUCUCACCAUCCAGGACAAUGUAGCCUGGCAUGGAUGUCUGUUCUGUUCCUUUACCACUGCCUCUGUGGAGUUGAUGGCUCUUCACCUGCAAGCCAACCACAUGGGUAAAACCAAAUCAGGCCAAGGCAAAGAAGUUAAAGAACACCUACUGGGUGAAUCUUCCCACACUGGCAGCUCUGGUCUGGCACCUCCUCCAGGCCUUCUCCAUCUGCAUGAGUCCCUUAAAGAUCGAGAGACUGAAUCUGGAGACUUGAAGAACCAAGUUGGUUGGUCCAACCACCUGGAGCCGAACCCACAUGGAGCCUCUAUGGGAACCUUCUCAAGCGACUUUUACAAGUCCUUUAGCCCCAUGUAUGAUAGCUCCUCCAGGGGUCCUGCUGGAUUCUUGGACCAGCAAGAAAAUCCGGCCAGUCAGUUGGGUGGUCAGGAUGAGCUCUGUGACAAAGCAUCAUGUGUUGAAAUGGAGGCAUGUGAGGAGCGGGAAGGUCAGUCAGAAGAUGAUGAAGCAGCCCACGAAGAGCAGUCAUCUAAUCCUGCUUCUGCGGAGCACCAGGCGCACUCUGAUGAUGAAGAAGCAGAAGAGGAAGAAGAUAUGGAGGUGAGAGACAUGGAAGACGAAGACCAUAGGACCAUCAGAAUGCAUCCUGACUCCCCCUUGUCUAGGAAGGAUGCUCAGCGAACAAAGGUAUCCAUGGGUGCCCAGGGACGUGGUCCAUCUCCACCCCAGCCACCCACCCUAGAGAAACAGUGGCAGCAGCCGGGUCUGAGUCUCAUUUCUCCAGCCAAUGGUCCCCCAGGCCUGCUGAAGCCCGAGCAGGCUCACCUGGAGCACCAGAUGAACAUGCUGUCAGUCCUACGGGCCUACAGUUCUGAGAGCCUAGCAGCUUUCAACGGAGGCCUGUCCAGCAGCUCCAAUGGAGGAGGUGGUGGAAGCAGCUCCAGCAUGAAGAGAACCGACCCCUCUGUUCAUCUGUGGGCGGAUGAAGAAGCUUCCAGAAGGUUUGGACCCGCUCUUGCCCCCGAGCCUAAGCUAACUGACUCUGAGAUGCAGGACGCACCACUAAUCAGAGAAUAACUCACAAGCAAGAGCAAGAGGAGGAGGAUGGCGAGGAUGUUGAAGAAGAGGAGGAGGUGGAGGACAGAGAUGAAGAUGCUGAUCGUGACAAUGACAGGCAAUGUGAUGUUUAUGACUCUAAAUUUGAGUUAUGGAAAGAGAACACAAACUGAUGCUCCCUGAAGGACCAAGUGAAGAAAAAAAGAUGUUGAUGUUUAGCAAGAUGGAUAAAAUAACUUUGGUUCCUGUGUGUUUUGUCUGUUCAAUUCUGGCGUGUGUAGCUGAUAUACAUACAUACAUACAUACAUAAAUACAUACAGUACUCUAUUUUUUUCCUUUUCUAGUUAUGUCGUUUGCUUAGUCACACAUUCCUUGCACCAAAAUGUCACCCUGACAGAAUUUGCAGUUUCAACCAAGAGACUUUUCUCUCUUUUUUUGGACAACCUGAGCUCUCCAUAUUUCUCACUGCCUACUGAAACAAUGCUACAUGAGUGUGACUCGUACCUGGUUCAUAUCUCUAAGCUUUCGGACUGUGUAUUUGGAGACCAAGCACACUUGCAGCAGUUCUUUUUGAACAACCUCUUAUACAAACAGCCAGUGUGAGGAUGUGUGAAACAAGCAUGUGCUUUCUGGAAGCAGGAUAAAGACUAUAUGGAUGUACAGUAUCCCCUUCAAAAAAAAAAAAAAAAAAAAAAAAGGGAAGCAUUGAAGGACUGUGGAGUUUUUUUCUUGGACCUUUGGACCUUCUAGCCAUGUUUUCUUUCGUGAUGUGUUUCAGAGCGUAUCCAGGACAUGUGUUCAGAGCUGCUCUCUGGGAAAACAGAGCGAGCUUGGGCACAAAUAUCUGAGACAUUCCCGAAAUCCAGCAGUGGUGAUAGCUGGACUAGUUGGCACAGAUCUUAAAAAAAAAAUGAGAGAAAAAAUGACCUGAAUCUUGAACUCUGAAAAAGGAGAACACAAAACCAGGUUGACUUUCAUCUCAGUCAUUGAGAAUCUAUUUGUAAUAUACUGCCACCAAUCAGUGUUGCAAAGUGUUACUGACUACUGAAAUGGUUUGAUGUAUUUACUUGUUAAAAAUGCUAAAAAAAAGAAAAAAAAGAAAAGAAGAAAAAGCAAACAUACAAGCAAGAAACACAAAUAUUGUCUAGCCUUAGAUACAGUCAUGCGUUGUUGCAUCUACAAAGCUAUCUGUUUUUUGAUUGUAGGCCUUAGAUUGGACUUUUUUUUCUUUUCUAGUACUGUAC